UUUUUUUUUAAAUCUAGGGUGGGGGCAAAAUGGAUAAUAAUUCACCCCUUCUUCAUUCUAAGUGGUUAAACGUAGUUUGCAAUUUUUUUUCUCCACUUUUCUAUAUUUUGUCAUUGACAUUUCUAUAUUAACUUUACUCUUUUUUUGUUUUUCUUUUAAAUACAUACAUCUAUAUUUGUUUAUGUUAAACUAUUAUUAAUAAAGUCAUGUAUGAUAUAACAUAUAAAUCAAAAGAAAAUAGUAGUAAAAAAAGAGUGAGAGCAAGUCAAGCAUGUGUACACUGUAGAAAGAAAAAAAUCAAAUGUGAUGAAAGCAGACCUAGUUGUACACAGUGUCAAGAAGUCAAUGUUAUGUGCGAAUAUACUGAACCAAAGAAAAGAGGACCACGAAAAGGAUAUGUUCAAUUAUUAGAAGAAAGACUUGCUCAAAUGGAAAGAAGAUUGAUGGGUCCAGGUAUGAUGACUACUACUACUCUUGAUAAAGAUGAUAGUAGACGUUUACCUCCUUCACCAACGACAAUGAAACAGUCAUCACCUGUCCAAUUAUAUAAAGAUUUAGAAAGUCCAUCUGAUCUUCCGCCUAUAGACAUCGUAAAUCAUCUCGUUGACAUAUUUUUUAAAUAUAUCAAUUCUGUAUUUCCUUUUGUACAUCGCGCUAUACUUAAGAAACAGAUCCAAGAUGGAUUUGUAUCACGUCCAUUAUUGUACAGUGUCUUGGCCAUUAGUGCAAGAUUUUCCGAUCAUCCAUUAAUUAAAACAAAUCCACCUUAUUUAGCUGGCGAAAGAUUUGCUGAAAAGGCACUUUCAUUAGUCGAUGCAACUACACUACAGCCUAAUCUAGAUAAUAUUCAAUUUUGGGGCAUUAUGUCUUGUCUAGAAUAUGGACGUGCUUCAGGUUCAAAAUCUUGGAUUUAUGGCGGUUUAGCAAUAAGAUUUUGUCAAGAAUUAGGAUAUUAUAAAGAAGAAACACUAAGUACACCAAUUCUUAAUGAAGAUGGAUCUAUUGAUACAGUAUCCAUGGCAUUACAUAGAAGAGUCUUUUGGAGUUGUCUAUGUAUUGACAAAUUAUCUAGUGCUGGUACACAUCGACCUCAAUGUAUAGAAAGAUCAGAUUGUGAUGCAAAUGCACCUAAUAUAUCAGAAUGUAUUAUAUUAAGAGACCCUACCUUUCAUCGAAAUGUGGAUGGUCAAGCCAUAUCAGAUGAUUCUCUUAUGACUAUAGCAAAAUAUUAUAUGAUAAGUGUAGAAAAUUAUGGCGAAGUAAAUCGAUUUAUGAAUAGAGCCAAAUCAAGUUCAGCUUCUAUUCUGUGGCCUCCAGAAUCUUUUCAGUUUAAUUUUAAAAAUUUAAAGCAUCAUCGACAGUAUGCAAGUGCAAAUUAUUUGAAUGUUUGGUUAUCAAGUCAUGCUAUAUGGUGCUCAAGUAUGAUGAUCCUUCAUCGUGGUAGUCUUGCAUUUAGUGAUGUGGUUAAACCUACAGAGUCUAUCUCAGAAGACUUGUAUCGUCGAAUUCAGACAAGUAUUGAUAUGUGUCGUCUCUGUGUAGAUGCUGCGAUGGGUAUAUUUGAAGCUAUAAAAGAUUUAUGUGGUUACAAUACUUUACCCUAUAUGGGUUAUUCUGCCUAUGUUUUCGCAACUGUACUGAUGACUUCAACAUUUUCAAAUACACCAGAGUCAUGUAAAAAGAGUAGUCGAGGAUUAAAAAUCUUGUACGAUCUGAUUGAUGUAAAUAUACCUGCUGCUAUUUUUAAUACAAACAGAUCAUAAUAGCUCUUUUUUUAUUUACAAAAAAAAAAUUCUUUAGGGACUUCGACCUUAUUGGCCUAUGUGUGAAAGAUUAGCAAAUGCUACAAAGGAACUUUUAAUAACACAUCAAAAGCUAUAUCAACAAGAUUCAUUAUCAACAACAUCUUAUCCUACUUUUUCAUAUAAUAUGAUACCUAAUAAUGAUACGACAACGGCAGCAGCAGCAGCAGCAGCAGCAGCAGCAUCAGCAGCAGCAACAACAACAACAGCAACUAAUACUACUACAAAAUUAGCCUAUGCAAAUAUAAAC